AUGCGUCGAGCUCUCCAAGCCACACGUUCCUCACUCCCUUCCCGACCACGACAUCACCACCAAUCUCGCAAGCGAGCACUGCACGUCUACACCCACGGCGAGGGCUUCCUCGGCGCGCUGGGCCAUGGCGACUUCUCAGCGCGAGAACAGGCCCUCCCCGUUGCGGCCCUCGCGUCCAGGGAUCUGCGCUGCGUUAGCGCGGGCUGGACGCACUCCGCUGCCGUCUGCAGAGACACCGGGGAGGUGCUGGUGUGGGGGCGGCCCUUCGACCUGAAGCAGCCCUUGCGGAUCAACCGCAUCCAGCGCCUGUUCCCGUUCGUGGUGACCGCGAUCAACGCCCUCGCCAGCUCGAGAGAGGUCCUCCCGAGCCCGGUCUCCGUCCCGCUGAUGGCGGAGCCCGCCGCGGCUUCGACGGCCUCCACGGUCACCGCCGCCUUGCACGACGCCCGCCCGUCGCUGCACUUCCCGCCGACCCCUUCCUCCCUCAGAGCGAAGAGCGUCGCGUGCUCGGCCGCCCUCACCGUGGUUCUGGGCGAGGACGGCAAGGUCUACUGCAUGGGGUACAACCGGUGGGGCCAGUGCGGGCAGGGGCCCGACAACGUCUUCACCGUGUUCGAGCCGCUUCGAGUGGGCGGCCGCGCGCUCGAGAGGGAGGCGGUGGUCAAGCUGGCCGUCGGCUUCCAGCAGGUGCUGGUGCUCUGCGAGAGCGGCAGGGUGUUCGGCUGGGGGAAAGGGUUGAGGGGGCAGCUGGGAGUCGGCGGCGAGAUGAUGGAGCUCCCUGAGGAAGUCGAACUCCCCGGCAAGGUGGUGGACCUCCGCAGCGGUUUCAGCCACGCCGUCGCCAUCCUCGAGAACGGAGACGUCUACACCUGGGGUAAGAUGCAGGGCACGGAGGUGAAGACGGACGGCAGGGUCCCCGUGUAUCACGACCAGCUCUACCCCCGCAAGGUGGACGUCGGGGGAGGGCGAGCCGUCGAGGCCUUCUGCUCGUCGUUCAACACCCUGCUGAGGAUGGAGGACGGCAGGGUGCUCAUGUCGGGCCUCGAGGCCGACACUCGGAGAACGGUUCCGACGCCGGUUGAGGUGGACAUCCCAGCGUCGGAGCCCGGGUCGUUCUUCAGCGGUUUCAACGACACCAUCGUUAAGACGGCAAGCACGCCUGUUGCCUCUACGAUCACCGACAAGUCAACUGCUGCUGGCGGUACGGGAGCCGAUCUUCCGACCUUUCAUCGAGUCUCUUUCACGAGCGCGGGCGCGAGGGUAACCCCUUUCGCCCUGCCCGGCGUACCAGAAGGGACGCGCGUAGAUUCCGUCUCGGUAGGCUGGCAGCACACUGUCGCCCUGGUGCACUAAGCAAGGGUGGGUGGGAAGCGCUUUUUGUACGUAGAACGUUUCUUGAUGCAUGCAACCAUACUCAUCCACGCUGGCUUGGGAUCCAACGCAGCAAUUGUGCGGGCUGAAAGUAGUUAUUUCUGGUUAGUGGCGUCUAACGCAUGAAUGAGGCGGCCCUUGACUUGGAGGAGAAAAACGCCUACUUCGGGGGGGAGGACAUUUUGUGUGUCCGUCGAAUUUUGUUUCAUGUUGAAGGAAAGGAAAGUUGAUUUUGUGGAGCAGGGGGGGUGGCUUGUGGACCGGGAGUGGUUUCGGGACUCAAUCCUCGACGUGGUUUUCAGGCGUGCUUGUCGGAAGGGACGGGCUCAUUCGGCUCAUUCUAGUGUCGGUAAUAUUGGCGUCAAGACUCAUGUAUGUUACAAAUGGAAUAUUAUUUGAAAUAACAUUUG